AUGGAGAAGAGGGCGGGCUUUAAGUUACUCUGGAUUUUCGACAUUCCUGACGAAGAUUCAGCUAAAAUAGUUUUUCCAAACGAAUACGUAUGCAUGGAGCCUUUUUUGACUGGCACGUAUCAGAAGUUUAACGCAAAUAAUGGUUGGGUCAACCCUAACAUGAAUGUAUCCCUAAUCCAUGCCUUUUCUUACUGGACGUGGGCUCACAGUGGUGGGAAAUACCUAGUCUGCGACAUUCAAGGGGUUCGGGAUGACGACGAGUAUCUCCUGACGGACCCUGCAAUUCAUUCCGACGAGGCAGGAAAAUACGGCAACGCUGAUCUUGGGCCUGAGGGCAUGGAGGCGUUCUUUUCUACCCACAAAUGCACGGAAUUCUGCAAGAACCUCCACAAACCGCGUAACAUACGCCGCCCUCGCCGCAUACGCCCAAGUCCUGGCACAACAUAUGGGUUUACAUUGUAA